AUGUCACAACGACAGCAGCAGCAGAGCAAUGCGCCGGCUCCUGCGCAGACGCAGACCGAGACCCCCAAAGAGCCCGAGACUGGCGAGCCGGCGCCGCGGAUCCUGAGACUUCGAGGCGCACAUUCUUCCAAUGGGCGUUCGGUGCAGUGGGCAGAGGACGUUGUAGACAACGAGGGUCUCGGGAGGAAGAGCUCCAAGGUGUGCUGCAUCUACCACAAACCCAAGCCCGUCGACGAAUCCAGCGACGAAUCCUCCUCCGACUCGUCGUCCGACUCAGACUCGGACUCGGAGCCCGAAGGCGCGCGACCGGCGGGCGGCAAGCGUCAGAGCUGCGGACACGGGCACGACCACGGACGGCGGGGGCGCAAGAGCGGCGGCAAGGGCAAGGAGAAGAGGGCGCCGAGUCCCAACGCGUACGAAAAGGUGCCCAAGCCGAAACCAAAGGAUGGACCCGAUGGCACGUCGUCAUAG